GCGGCGGGACGGGGACUGCGGGGCAUGGCGGGGCGGGCAGCGCCCCCCGCCCCCACGGUGUCCCCUCACGGUUUGUGCCUCCACAGCCCCGAGCGCGCCGCUGCCGAGCGGGCCCCGAGGAUCUACACGAGGACGGGAGACUCAGGAUUCUCCAGCACCUUCACCGGGGAGCGGCGGCCCAAGGGCGACCGCAUCUUCGAGGCCCUGGGAGCCACGGACGAGCUGAGCUCGGCCAUCGGGCUGGCUGGUGAGUUUAGCAGUGAAAAGGGCCACACGUUUGUUGAUCAACUUCAUAAAGUGCAGUGCAUGCUGCAGGAUGUGGGCUCCAACCUCGCCACGCCGCUCUCCUCGGCCAGGGAGGCUCACCGGAAACGAACGUCGUUCAGUGAGAAGCCCGUCCUGGAGCUGGAGCAGUGGAUUGACAGUUACUCAGAGCAGCUCCCUCCCCUCAGAGCCUUCAUCCUGCCCUCUGGAGGCAGGAGCAGUGCUGCUCUCCACUUUUCCCGAGCCGUGUGCCGCAGGGCUGAGAGGUGGCUCAGUGAUUAUCUCUUUGUCCUGGCACGUUAUGCUGCAAUGAAGGAAGGGAAGGAAGAGAAAAUCUACAUAAAACCUGAGCCCUAGCUGGAGCUGGAAUGUCUUUUCCUUUAUUAUGGAAAACUAAAUCCAGUUGACUGCUUUUGUCAAUCAAGGAAGGGAGAGAGAGCAAGCCUGGAGUGGAAAUGGGAGCUGCCAAGGAUUUCCAUGUGACAUAACCAGGAACUUGUUGAUAAAUCCUGAGAAGAACAGAAUCACAGAAUACCUGAGUUGGAAGGGACUCAGACACAUCUGUCCUAUCCCUGGGCCUGGCCCACACAUCCCAUUUGAGGAUGGCUCUGGAGUCACUGCUUCUCCCAGGUGGGAGUGAGGCAGGAGAAUUCCUUAACAUUUUGGAGAUGCCUUCAUUUCCCUGGGCAGCAGCAGGUGCUGUGGGAAGGCUCUGACAGGACUCUGAGGGAUGAUGAAGGGAAAACAAUCAGCUCCUCCUUUGAAGGCACAGCGCUCGUGUGGAGCAGCAGCUGGAGGCCUUUGGGAAUUGUGUCCACAGCUCUGGAAUAAUAAAUGUGAAUUUCCUUGUACCAAAGGGCCACAAACUGUCACGUUUUAACACCGAGCCCUGUGUGCUUUGCUGCUCCAAGUCCCUUCCAAUCCAUCAGCUCUGGCUGGAGCUGAGCUGUACAGAUUUACAGGAAUGCACCAAGAAUUCCUUGGCUCUGGCUGCCUCUUGUUGUGCAUGUGAGGAAUGUCUCUGUGCUGACAAUCCUGUGCAUCCUCUGCCAGGAACGAGGCUCACAGAAUGGAGGGGGUGAAGCAGGAAAGGCCAAAUCCCAGGGUCUGCGUGCUGGGGUUGUCUCCACAUGGAGCUGUCCCUUGGAAUGGUGGGACCAGCUGCAGGAACAGCUGGAGGAGCAGAGCCCAGGGUUUGGGAGCACCCAGGGCACUGAGGCUGCAGGAAAAGGGGUUGGGGUGAGGAGCUGGGUGAGAGGGGCAGCACCCCGAGGGUUCCUCCCAGGGUGUCUGUGCUGACCCUGGAACAUUGCUGGAGGGAGCUCACACAUCACACACACAGUUCCAGCUUUGCACUCAUGUCCAAACUGCUUCCAGCUUGGAAAUACUACUGGGAAGAGCCCAUGGGAAGCCUGCUGGUGUAAUUUUUCCCCCUGGGAAUGGUGUGGGCUGCAAGGUGGUGAUGCAGCUUUUAAAUCCAUCCUGCCCCUUCUCCCGUUCAAUUAUUUGAGUAGAACCAACCUUAAACUUGUUCUCCAAAGAAUCUCUGGCUCUGUGUCCCUUUUUUGGCCAGUAAAAAAUGCCCAGGAAUGAGUGAGGAGUGCCCAGCACUAACAGAUCCCCUGGCUCAUCACUCACCUGGGUUUGAGGCAGAUAUUUCAUGCCUCUUGUUAAUGCACAUUUUUCAUGGAGUAAUUUUCCAAGCCUCAGCCUGGAACACAUCCUGGUGACAAAUGCUCUGGAUUUGGAUGGUCCCGUCAGCUGCAGUGUCACCUCAGCCAUUCCCUCUGCCUGCUCCUUCCAGUUUUACGAGAGCUCUGGCUCUGAGACUGAACCUCAGGAAUCAAGAGGCUUUUCAAGUUUAAUUUAAUAAAAUCCUUUGCAAUAUAAA